AUGGCCUCCCCAACAACUACGUGGCUUUGCCGACGAUAUGAGCCAACGACCCCUUGCCUCCGAGAGGCACCUCGGCCUAACGACCCUUUAGCAUCGCCUACGAUACAACGGCAACAGAGAAUCGAUGCUGCGAGAUCCAGCAACCAGCAGCAGCUCCGGCCAGUUAGGAAAAAAGCCCAAGAUCUUUCUCGUGACCAGCGUAUCCAGGCACGCUCCUUACGCCAGUAUGCUGGCUGGUCCUAUAAGAGAAUCUCUGCUACAACUGGCUUUACUCAACGUCAAGUCCAAGGGGCCUGUGAGCGCGCUACCGCUCAAAAGGCUGGCUCUAAGCGUGGCCGUGGCUACCGCAUCCGAACUCCUCAUCGCGAGAAGCUUGGCUCUGUAUUAGUCUCUGACCUAUGGGCAAAGGGGCGCCCAUGGGGAGAUCUCCGCUGGAUAGUGCCUGGCCUUGAGAUAUACGGCGAGGCUGCCAUUACGUCGACACUUAAAGCAAUGGGGUUCCGGCGAGCUGCUAGGCCAAAGACGCUUGACCUCCAGCCAGAGGUGAAGGCCCUUAGCAAAGUCAUAUGCCAAGGCUAUCUUGACCUCUGGUCAGAUCUAGAUUCGUGGCUUUCUAGGUCACCAGUCUUUUCUGAUGAGACUUGGGUUCUGUCAGAAACCAAGACGAGAGGGCUGGAGACUUUAGCCGGCGCCGGCAACAUGCGCCAGACGGCUGGAUGUUUUGGGGAUGUAUUGCUGGCCUACACAAGGGCCCAGGUGUUGUAUGGGAUCCAGACUGGGGGACUAUCUCUGGCUAUACCUAUAUACAUAAUAAUACAGCAUAUCCUUCCUAAGGUUAAGGAUUUUAUCGCCAGCUUGCCAGGCUGGCGAUGCUUUCAGCAUGACGGCGCGCCUAGCCACAGGGUUAGAAUAACGCAGGACUGGCUCGAGGAGCAUCGUAUCCUCGUCCUCCGCUGGCCCCCGAAUUCUUCAGAUCUCUCCCCAAUCGAGAACGUCUGGCUUUGGAUGAAAAGCUGGAUUGAAGUUCACUAUCCAGAUAUAGACUGGAUGGAUAGGGAGCAGCUGGAGCCUUGCGUUUCUGCUGCCUGGCAGGCAGUCCCAGAUGCUUUGCAUUGGGCGCUGGCGGCCUCGAUGCCAUACCGACUGCAGCAGUGUAUUGAAAGGGAUGGCGAUGAGGUAGAUUUCUAG